AUGAUGCUCGAAACCGUCGCGGCGGUGCCGGGGAUGGUGGCGGGCGUGCUGCUGCACAUGCGCUGCCUGCGCCUCGUGGAGAACAGCGGCGGGUGGAUCCGCGCGCUCCUGGAAGAGGCGGAGAACGAGCGCAUGCACCUCAUGACCUUCAUGCAGGUCUCGCAGCCGACCUGGUUCGAGCGCGGACUCAUAUUCACUGUUCAGAGCGGGUUCGCUGCAGUGUACGGCCUUGUCUACCUCCUCUCCCCGCGCAUCGCGCACCGCAUCGUGGGCUACCUGGAAGAAGAGGCGGUGCACUCAUACACGCAGUACCUCGAGGAGAUCGAUGAGGGCCGCAUCGCCAACGUGCCGGCGCCGCAGAUUGCCAUCGACUACUGGCAGCUGCCUCAAGACGCGACGCUGUAUGACGUGGUGCUGUCGGUGCGGGCGGACGAGGCACACCACCGCGACGUGAACCAUUAUGCUGCGGUGAGUGGGGAGACAUGGGCGUGGGGUUACCUGGUUACCACAUUGGAGUGA